CCUGAUACCUUUCGCUUUUUUCACCUUUGCUCCAAUAGGCCUUUCGUUCUUUUCCACUGCCGGCCAGUAAUAAUUCACCUUUUUUCAAGAUGUAUACUACUUCAGUCAUUCAGAUGAUCGUCUCCAGCCUGUUGGCUACGUCAGCUGUCAGUGGCUUCCAAAUAGCUGGUCACCGCGACCUUUCCAUUCGUUCCAUGGGGUCUGUCCUUACUUUGGCGACCUUGGCUGGGGCAGCCCCCCACCACAAGGGCAAGGGAAACAACAACAACAACAAACGUGAACUCGCGGCCAUCGAGGCAAGACACCACAAGGGCAAGGGCAACAACCAGAACAACAACCGUGACCUCGUGGCCAUCGAGGCAAGACACCACAAGGGCAAAGGCAACAACCAGAACAACAACCGUGACCUCGUUGCCAUCGAGGCAAGACACCACAAGGGCAAGGGCAACAACCAGAACAAUAACCGUGACCUCGAGGCCAUCGAGGCAAGACACCACAAGGGCAAGGGAAACCAGAAUGACAAUAACUGAAGCCUCCAGGUGACGCUGCCAACUGUUAUCUCCAGGAACCACGACGCGACUUAUCGGCUUGCAACUCGCGGAAUGAAAUAUUCAGCCCAUUUGGGAGACCAGAGCGACUCAGUCAAUCUUGUCGCCACCCCGUCUGCCUCAAAAAAUGGAUGCGGCGGGCGCUUCGUGAUCUCUCAUGUUUCUCUGUCGCUUGUGUGUAACUCGGCAUGAGUUGAUUGCUUAAUAACUAUUUCCGAUAGUAGAUCAG